UGUCAGACAGGCGGUUACUCCAUCGUGUUUCCAGCGGCAGGUGGUCAGCGCGCGUCCGGCACCAAACCGCAGCUUUUGAAUGGGAUUAUGAGCGCAGAGGAGUGACAUGGACGGGGUAGAAUAACAAGUUUGAACUUGCUCCGCUCUCUUUUUAUUUUCUCCUGGAAAGUGAACAUUGGUAUUGAAGUGUUUUUGACGGGCUCCGCGUGCGUAAUGCUCUCAGUGUAGAGCCUUUUGAUACUUCUUCUUUUUUUUUUACGCUGAAUGUUGUUGCAGUGUCAAUAAUGGCAUUCGCUAAGUUCAGCAAGAUCCUCCGUCUGCCUACUAUUGACAUCAAGAAGAAAGUGAAGCAGUAUGAGCACGUUCACCGGGACAUCAACCCCAACGACUUAUGGGAGAUAGUUGGAGAGCUGGGUGACGGUGCGUUUGGGAAGGUCUACAAGGCCAGGAACAAGGAGACUGGAGUUCUCGCUGCAGCCAAAGUGAUCGAGACAAAAUCGGAGGAGGAGCUGGAGGACUACAUUGUAGAGAUUGACAUCCUGGCUAAAUGUGACCACCGCUACAUUGUCAAGCUGCUUGACGCAUUUUACCAUGACAACAAACUGUGGAUCAUGAUCGAGUUCUGCCCCGGAGGUGCUGUGGAUGCCACAAUGCUUGAGUUGGAUCGUGGGCUGACGGAGCCGCAGAUUAAGGUGGUUUGUCGGCAGAUGCUGGAAGCUCUGGACUACCUGCACAGCAUAAAGAUCAUCCACAGAGACCUGAAGGCCGGGAACAUCCUCCUCAUGCUGGAUGGGGACAUCAAACUGGCUGAUUUUGGUGUAUCUGCGAAAAACACCAAAACCUUACAGAGAAGGGAUUCUUUCAUUGGAACGCCAUACUGGAUGGCCCCUGAGGUGGUGAUGUGUGAGACGAUGAAGGAUGCUCCGUACGACUACAAGGCUGAUAUCUGGUCUCUGGGAAUCACUCUGAUCGAGCUCGCCCAGAUUGAACCCCCGCACCAUGAGCUCAACCCCAUGAGGGUGCUGUUGAAGAUCGCCAAGUCGGAUCCUCCCUCCCUGGAGCAGCCACACAAAUGGUCAAAAGAGUUUAAAGAUUUCCUCAAGAAAGCCCUGGACAAGAAUCCGGAGACUCGUCCGACCGCGGCACAACUCUGCGAGCACCCUUUUGUGAGAUCGGUGACGACCAACCGCCCGCUGCGGGAGCUGGUGGCCGAGGCCAAGGCUGAGGUCAUGGAGGAAAUAGAGGACAAUAGAGAGGAAGGAGAGGAGGACGACGCCAUGGAGCUCACUGUGUCUCCAGGAAAAGAGCCAUGCCAGACCAGUCAGACCAGUUUGGAAGGAGACCAUUUUCCGGACACCCCGAGCCCCACCACGCCCUCCCCAACCACACCAAUACCCCUACCCAGGAAGGGGGCCGAGCCAGAGUCACCAACAGAAGAGAAGCCGGGUGCCGUCAUGGUGGUCCCCGUUCCCCUACCACGGCAGAACCUCCCGCAGAAAGAUCCAGAGGAGCUGGGCGACAAACUGGCUGAUUUGGUCCUUCUGGAGUCUGAGAAAUCUGAGAGCGAGACCUCAACCAAGACCUCCAGCUCAGACUCGGGCAUUGAGGAUGGGAAGAGUAGCCCCACAUCGGAGGAAAAGGUUGCUGUGGAGACGCCAGAGACAGAACUGCCACCAUCUCUCCCCCAGCCCGAGGCAUCUGAAGAACAUGUUGACAUCAUCAUAGACCCCGCAGAACCAGAGGCGCCCAAAGUCCUGGUGACCGAGGACAAAAGCAGCCCCGUGCCUAACGGAAGAACAUCGACUCCGAGAUCGAGUCCUGCCGCCAGUCCUUCACCCACACCUGCUCCCUCUGCUGCUCCCACCCCGGUGCCGACACCCCGCUCUGAGACCAACGGUAGCCUGAACAAAGGUACCCCAGAGCGGACAUCGACAGGAGGGAACGCAGAGGCUGUCUCGCCUUAUAUCAACGGAGGGAUUUUAAACAAACGAUACUCUUAUUCAGGCAGCAUGGCUUCAGAGAGCAUGGACAUGUCCAUCAACAAGGAGAGCAUCUCCAUGUCUGCAAGGGCCUUCUCCAGUAAGACUCUGAAGCGGACCAGGAGGUUUGUUAUUGACGGCGUGGAGGUGAGCGUGACCACCUCCAAGAUCAUCAAGGAUGAUGAGAAAAAAGAUGAGGAAAUGAGAUUCCUGAGACGUCAGGAGCUGCGUGAGCUCCGUUUGCUGCAGAAGGAAGAGCACCGUGCACAGGCGGGUCUCAACGCCAAACUGGAGACCCAGAAGGAACAAAUGCAGAGACGUUUUGACCAGGAGAUGAAUGCCAAGAGGAAGCACUACGAUGUGGAGCUGGAGAACCUGGAGAAGCACCAGAAGCAGACGAUUGAGAAGAUGGAGGCAGACCACCAUGUUAAACUCAAGGAAGAGACCAAACGCAUCAAAGCAGAGCAGGAACGUGACUACCACAGAUUCCAAGAUCUGAUGAAAUACAAGAAGAAGGAGGUAAAACACUCUGUGGAUAAGCUGCCCAGAAGUCAGCGUAAAGAAUCUUUAAAGCUGAAGAUGAAUACCUUCCAAGACAUGUCAGCUAGAGAGGAGGAGAAAUUCCUGGCGUCUCAGAAGAACCACCUGGACUCCACGCUAAAGAAAAUCAUCUCCAGCAACAAGAGAGAGAUUGCUGAGACGGAGAGGGAUUGCCUCAACAAGAAACACCAGCUAGUCAGAGAGCGUGAAGCUACGAUGUGGGACAUGGAGGAGAAGAACCUUUACGAGAGGCACCAGUUAUUAAAGCAGCAGCUCAAAGACCAGUACUUCCUCCAGAGGCAUCAGCUUCUCAAAAAACAUGAGAAGGAGCAGGAACAGAUGCAGUGCUACAAUCAGCGGAUGAUUGAGAUUCUGAAAGGUCGGCAGCAGCAGGAGAAGAAUCGGCUGCCUAAGAUCCAGCGCGGCGAGGCCAAGACCCGCAUGGCGAUGUUCAAGAAGAGCCUUCGCAUCAACUCAACGGGCAGCAACUCAGAAGACAGAGAAAAGAUCAAACAGUUUUCUCAGCAGGAGGAUAAGCGGCAGAAGGCAGAGAGGCUGCAUCAGCAGCAGAAACACGAGAACCAGAUGAGAGAGAUGAUUGGCCAGUGUGAGAGCAACAUCAGAGAGCUGCAGCAGCUACAGAAUGAAAAAUGCCACCUACUGAUUGAGAAUGAGACUCAGAGGCUCAAGCAUUUGGAUGAACAACACAACCAGCUGCUGAAGGACUGGAGGGAUCAGCUGAAACCCAGAAAGAAGGCCCUCGAAGAGGAGAUAAACCUGAAGAAAAGAGAGCAGGAGGCUUUCUUCAAGAUGAGUGAGAUUGCUGAUUGUCCAAACCCAAGUUCUCCCAACAAACUCUCCAAGUUUGUGCCUUACCAAGACUCUUCCAACACAUAAAAACAGCCGAUGUGACAUUGCACAAUAUUUCCUGGCCACUGUUCGCACCACCACACGCUCACCUUUUCAUGCGUUAAACAGCCUGCUGCCUCACUUUUAAUUUGCUUUGCCUGCAAUGGCAGCACACCUAUCCCUCCAUUAGGUUCUUUUAAUGUUUUAGGGAAUAUUUAUGUUUUAACUAAUGUUAAGGGUUCUUUUUCCGAGCAUUUGAUGGAUUUAAAACUCACCAUGUGCUCCCGUACAGUAUUUUAAUUUUCUUAUUCUGUUCAAGUUGCUCACCAGUAAAACAUGAGGGAAAUAUGGCAGUGGCCAAGAAACUAAAUCGGUCUGAAAAAUGUAUUUGGCUAGGAGGAAUUUAGUUUUGCAUUAUGAGGAAGAAUGUUAGCAUUUAUUAAAAGCUGGUGAGCCAGUACAUAAGCACUUCUUGUUCAGUUCUUAGUGCUGUCUUCCAGAUCUCCUGACCAAAAAUGAACCAAAAAUUUUCAAAAAAGUUUUCCAUUUCUGUAUGCCUUGGCUCAUUGACCUGUUUGAUCAGAUGCAUGUCAUAAAGCAGUGAAAGCCUGCUUUUAUUUAUUUUUACUGACAAAGAACAACCUUCUCUAGAUUUCUCACUGUAAAUGCUAAUUUAAAUAUUUUCUCUCUUUUUUUUAACAUCCCUGGUAUGAAGGAUGUGUUUCUUAUUUUGUAUCUUUAUUGAAAGUGGGAUAAAUCCUUUUUUUUUAAUGAUUACUUAGGAAUGAGAUUUUAACAAACAAGAUCAGACUCACGUAGCGAUGCUAUUAUCAUAUUUGUGUUUUGUUUUUGUUUUUCUUCUGUUGUAUUUUUACUGUAAAUUCAGUCACACUGGAUGGGAACUGACGAAGCCAAAGCAAAAUACUGUUGUUCUUUGAAGGACGUUAGAUAGGGGAUUUAAAUUUUGAAUUUAAAAAAUGUAUUAAGUUUAUAAUUGUUAUACCGUGUGCAGUAAAUGCACUGCCUGCUAACCAAAGUGCAAUAUUCCAUGUAUGUCUCUGCUAAGCUUAAAGAGGUUUAUUUUUCUUAAACUUUGCCUUCCUUUGCACUGAGAGGGGGAUAAUAUGAAGAGUUUAACACCCAAAAUUAAUGCAACAACCCUUUGAAAGAAACAGCAUUGCUUCAAAUUUAUUUGUAAACAUUUUUAAUUAGGAAGCAAUAAAUCUUGAUCUGCUUUUGGAAUAUGAAACUCUUCAUAUUAUUUUUAAGGGAGUGCAACAAUUCAGCCUGCUGUAAGAUGCCUCUAGAUGUUUAAUCUUAGUGAAACUUAAAGUUUGCAGCUGAGGAACUUGUUGCCUUGUUGAGCGAGAGAAAGUGUUUUUUCUUUAAAAUAGUUUGGCCUGUAGAUUUACAUUAAACCAGGUCAGCAAUCAGGUACAGCUUAAUCUCUCUCCCUCUCACACACUCUCUCAAAGUAUUUAACUUUGUUGUAAGAAUGAUCCUUUCAGUCAUCUUCAAUGGCUCCAUGUAUGCCUUCCUCUCUGCCUCAGUUUACAUGAUGUUGUUUGUAUGGAGGGGUUGUGAGUGUGAAUGAAACUGUAUCAGAAGGAACCACUGUUGUAAAUAACUCUUAAUAAAGGCAAAUUUUCUAAUUA